UUCCUCUAUUAUUUGGGAACGCACCCCCAACACAGAGCGGAAGACAGACACAACGCUGAAGAAAACAAUGAUAUUCUUGGAGCUACCUCAAGCACCUUUGAUCAAAUUAAACUAUAAUUUAUGAUAAGACCAUGCGAUAGUGUCAAUAGUUCGAAGUGGGCGGUGAGCUACUGUAGAAGCCCACUGUAGCGGCAGCGAGACGAGGUGCACCGCCUCUCGACCAGUCUAGACUGCCGCUUCCGUUUCUCGGGUGUGUUGUGGUUCGAAAGGCGAAGCGCGCUGCAUCGGAACUUGGUUAACUGUUCUUGAGACUAAACGUACGGGUUGUGAUCGAUGGCGGACCCAGAACCAUCACAACAACAUGAGGAGACGGAACAGAUUGACGAUGCAGAGUUGGCAUUUAAAGGAAUAAACAUGCUGCUCAACAACGGAUUCAAGGAGAGCGAUGAACUUUUCAGAAAAUACAGGACCCACAGUCCACUGAUGAGUUUCGGAGCCAGUUUUGUCAGCUUCCUGACAAUUGGAUUCUUUUGGAGUGAAGAACAGGAAGAGAAUGCCAUGAUGACGUUUGAGGAGGAGAAGAUGCAGACAGCCUUUGAUGACCUCAGAGCCACGGAGAGACUUUGUGAGCGAGACAAUGCCGGGGUCAUCGAGACGAUCAAAAACAAGAUCAGGAGGAGUGACGCCCAGAGGUCAGGGGUGGCUAUAGUAGACCGCCUCCAGAGACAGAUCCUUGUGGCAGACUGCCAGGUGUACCUCGCUGUCCUCUCCUUCAUCAAACAGGAACUGUCAGCAUACAUCAGAGGAGGCUGGAUCCUCCGCAAAGCCUGGAAGAUGUACAACAAGUGUUACAGCGACAUCAGCCAGCUGCAGGAUUGCAGCAAGAGGAGGACCUCCGACCAGCAGGCGUCCACUGACCAGGCCAACCGCGGCGCAGCCAAGCUCCCAACCCAGAGGACCAAUGGGGUGAGCCCGGAGGCCCUAGCCCGGCUUAAGGGCUCGGUCAGUUUUGGCUACGGCCUGUUCCACCUGUGCAUCUCCAUGAUACCGCCGCACCUGCUGAAGAUCGUCAACCUUCUGGGUUUCCCCGGCGACCGUCACCAGGGGCUGUCCGCCCUUGCGUAUGCCAGUGAAAGUAAGGACAUGAAGGCCCCCUUAGCUACGUUGGCCCUCUUGUGGUACCAUACGGUAGUGCAACCCUUCUUUACCCUGGACGGCUCAGACACACAGGCCGGUCUGAUGGAGGCGAAGGCUAUCCUCCAGAGAAAGGAGCCCGUAUACCCUAACUCCUCCCUCUUCAUAUUCUUCAAGGGCAGGGUGCAGCGUCUGGAGUGCCAGAUCAACAGUGCAGUGACGUCCUUCCAAAAUGCCUUAGAGCUGGCUACAGACCAGAGGGAGAUCCAGCAUGUUUGUUUGUAUGAAAUAGGCUGGUGCAGUAUGAUGGAGCUGAAGUGCGGUGACGCCUACAAGGCCUUUCAGCGUCUGGCGACCGAGUCACGCUGGUCCCAGUGUUACUACACCUACCUAACUGGAGUGUGCCAGGGAGCGUCAGGAGAUCUGGAGGGAGCGGCCGCUGUCUUCAAGGACGUACACAAGCUUUUGAAACGGAACAACAAUCAGAUUGAACAGUUCUCUAUGCAGAGGGCGGAGAGGCUCAGCAAACACGCCCCAUCCAGAGAGCUGUGUAUCCUGGCUGUGAUCGAGGUGCUCUACCUGUGGAAGGCCCUGCCUAACUGCUCCACUGCUAAGCUGCAGACCAUGAGCCAAGUUCUGCAGGAACUAGAUGACAUCUCAUUUGCUGGCCUGAAAAACCUGCUCCUUGGUGACAUACACAGAUGUCUCGGCAACAUGAACGACUCCAUUCAGUGCUUCAAUCUGGCUGCCAGAGAUGAGAUGGGCCAUCAAAACAACUCCUAUGUGCAGCCCUACUCCAUCUACGAGUUAGGCUGUGUCUUACUGGACAGCCCUGAGUCUGAAGCGAAGGGCAGAGCUCUGAUGCUCCAGGCCAAGGAGAACUAUGCUGGCUAUGACUUUGAGAACAGGCUCCAUGUGCGCAUUCAUUCAGCUCUGGCUUCCAUGAGAGAGGAGGUGUCCCCACCCUGACCGCACCCUUUCUCGACCAUACAUCCACCCUAGCUUGUGUUGGGGGUAGGAGGAGCAGGAAACGGCUCCCUUUAGAGAAGCCAUCUUGAUCUCCACAGCACUGUGAUGGUUCACUGCAUUGUGUUUUUCAGUUGACUUGUGUUUUUUUUUAUAAUGAAUGUGCCAUCAAGUUUGAAAUGUAUAGUUUACAGUAAGAGUUUCCUGGAGCGAUAAUGCAGGAAUAGUUUAAGACUACUGGAGUGUGUUAGUGUGUUUUCAACCAGAUCAAAUAUGUACAGUGGUUGCAGCUGGGAGGCAAACGCAACUUUUUACAGGGGAAAGUGUCUCUAUGGGGGAAAAUCUAUUUAAAUUGUACACAUCUUUCCCAUGUGUUGGGAAAAGGUUCAGAUGCAGAACUGGGUAAGCCACACUCCACACUCCAACUGUGCCUAGGUUGCUGCCAGAUUAUGACCUGAAUGUCCAAAGUCCUGUUGCUGUUACAGUAGUAGACCAUCCGAAUGCACAAAUCCUAUGCUACUACUCAUCGCGUGGCCUUGUGGCACUGUAAAUUGGGGAGAUUUUCUACACAUUUUGCCAUGGGUUGCAGAGAACAUUCUGCAGUUUUAAAGGCCCAGUGCAGUCAACAUUUUUAUUUUCCUGUGUUUUAUAUAUAUUUCUACACUGGGAGGUUGGAAUAAGGUUGACUGUAACGUCUCUUCACAAUCCUCAAGUCAAGAACAGACUAUGGGAGGCGCACAGUACUACAUGGAGCCAUGGCUACAUGGAACUCUAUUCCACAUCAGGUAACUGAUGCAAGCAGUAGAAUCCAAUUAAAAUACACUGGACCAGCGGGGACUGUGAAGACACACACACACACACACAGGCACAUGAUAAGGCAUGCACUCUACACACCUACAGAUGGAUGUUGUAUUAGAUGUGAUGGUAGAGUAGUCGCCUGAGGGAACACACCUUAAUGUGUUGUGAAAAGUUUUAUUAAAUGCAAUUUAAAAAAAUCAGUUUUACAGCUAAUUCCCUGCAAUUCUACUGAUUUUUGCUGUGGGGUGGAGUGACAUUUUUGCAGUUUUAAAGCUAAUUGCCUGGAAUUCUACACAUUUUGUAAUGACUUAUGUCAUGUUAAUAUAAUAUCUGAGUGAGAAUGACUAACAAAGUCAUUGUGUGCCCCCUGGAGGUCAGGGCCCCUGGGCAUGUGCCUGGUCGCUAUUCGGACAGGUGUAGAUAGCUGGCUAGACUAACAAGCAUUAAUUCAGUGACUGGAAGUGACCUACAUAACGAGAACAAUUGCUGAUGCACAAUGACAUUUCCAGAUUGAACGUGGUGUAUUCUAUUAUUCUUACUCUCAAUAUUAAGUUGAGACCCCGACUAAGUUCUUGAAAAAAUAUAUACAGUGCCUUCAUAAAGUAUCAACACCCCUUGAACAUAUUUUGUUGUUUAUAUAGCCUGAAUUCAAAAUGAAUCAAAUGAAAUUAAAAAUCUCAGCUAUCUUUUUUCUAAUUUAUUGAAAAUGAAAUAUUGAAAUAUAGCAUUUCCGCAAGUAUUUCCACCCCUGACUCAAUGCAUGUUAGAAUCACCUUUGGCAGUGAUUACAGCUGUGAGUCUUUCUGGGUAAAUCUCCAAGAGCUUUGGCCACCUGGAUUGUACAAUAUUUGCACAUUAUUCUUUAAAAAAUGUUCAAGCUCUAUCAAGUUGGUUGUUGAUCAUUGCUAGACAGGCAUUUUCAAGUCUUCCCAUAGAUUGUCGAGCGAAGUCAAAACUGCAACUUGAUAGAGCUUGAACAUUUUGAACAUCUUGAACAUCAGAAACAUUCAAUGUCGUCUUGGUUAGCAACUCCAGUGUAUAUUUGGCCUUGUUUUAGGUAAUUGUCCUGAUGAAAGAUGAAUUUGUCUCCCAGUGUCUGGAUAGCAGACAACCAGGUUUUCCUCUAGGAUUUAGCCUGUGCUUAGCACUAUUCAGUUUAUUUUUAUCCUAAAAAAACUCCAUAGUUCUUGAUGAGGAAAAGCAUAAGCAUAGCAAAAUGUAGCCACCACCAUGCCUGAAAAUAUGAAGAGUGGUACUAAGUGAUGUGUGGUGUUGGAUUUGCCCCAAACAUGACGCUUUGUAUUCAGGACAUGCAUGUUUUAGGAAUAUAUAUUUUUUUAAAUUCUGUACAGGCUUCCUUAUUUUCACUCUGUCAUUUGGGUUAGUAUUGUGGAGUAAGUACAAUGUUGUUGAUCCAUCCUCAGUUUUCUCUUAUCACAGCCAUUGAACUCUGUAACAGGUUUAAUAUCACCAUUGGCCUCAUGGUGAAAUCCCUGAGCAGUUUCCUUCCUCUCCGGCAACUGAGUUAGGAAGGACACCUGCAUCUCUGCAGUUACUGUGUGUAUUGAUGCACUAUCCAAGGUGUAAUUAAUAACUUCACAAUGCUCAAAGGGAUAUUCAAUGACUUAUUUUGUAUUUAUAUUUUUUACCCAUGUACCAAUAGGUCCACUUCUUAGCGAGACAUUGGAGACCCUCCCUGGACUGUGGUUGAAUCUGUGUUUGAAAUGCACUGCUCAGCUGAGGGACUUUACAGAUAAUUGUAUGUGUGGUGUACAGGAAUUAGGUAGUCAUUAAAGAAUCAUGUUAAACACUAUUAUUGCACACAGAGUCCAUACAACUUAUUAUGUGACUUGUUAACCAAUUUUUUUUCAUCCUGAUCUUAUUCUGGCUUUCCAUAACAGAUUGAAUACUUAUUGACUUGAAGCAGUUCAGGUUUUCAUUUCUAAAAACAUCAUUCCACUUUGACAUUAUGGGGUAUUGUGUGUAGGUCAGUGACACAAAAUUUAAGUUUAAUCCAUUUUAAAUUUGGGCUGUAACUCGACAAUGUGGAAAAUAGGUGUGAACUUUCUGAAGGCACUAUGUAUUUUUUGGGGGUCUGGGGCCCUCUGGCUGACAGGUGCCCUAAGCGACUGCUUAUGUCUCUUAUGCCUGGAACCGGUCCUGUUGAUGGUCAUUGGCUGAUUUUCUCAAACUAAAAUAUGUUACAACAUUGUUACUAGUUUUUAAACAGUGUAUUGAUAUUUAAAGGGAAACAUAUACAAAUAGGUUUGUAUCAGUGUACUUUAAUUCAAUAUUACUAGAUAAAUGACAUUUUCCUUUUGGCACUUACUUGUGGGUACAACAUGCACACUGUAGGUCUACUCUGCUGUAUUUUUAUAAACUGAAAACUGGU